GUCUUUGUCGGCGAAUUAUUUUGAAGAGACCACUGAAUUUGAAAUUAUUAAUUAUGUUUUUGUUACUUGUUUGACUUUAGUGGUAUAUACAUAAAUUUUACUCCAAUGGAUUCAUUUUAUGACGCACCUAGAAAGGCUCCCGCCCCUGUGGCGUCGGGAAGGAUUUUACCCUCUACUUUAGUACCAGAAGUGUCAUUGCUUUGCAAUGAACAAACUAAUCAAAAGUAUGGUGGUAAUUUACCGUAUUCUGGAUGGACAUCAAAUCAAUUAAUGAAUAAAGAAAACAUGGGUUAUAACAGGAUGAGUGCCCCUCAAAAUACUUCUCAAAUUUUAAAGAAACAAGUUAGGUUUGAGAGCCCUACAAUUCAACAAAGACCUUCUUUAACUUAUGAACCUAUACAAGUCAAAAGUGUUUCUCCAAAGUUUCCGAAUAACUUAGAUUUGAGGGAAAACUUCAAAGCAACAAAAGUGGGAAAUAUGGGGGAAACCACAUCAUCUGAUAUGGGUCUGAUGAGUGAAAACAAAUCAUCAAACAUGGGCGGAACAAAUGGUAAGACUUUUGAUCAAAUUUAUAUGGCAAAUGUUCCCAAUCGUCAUUUGGAUUUGAGUAUCAUUGAUCCACCACAUAGACCUAUCAGUAACAUGCCAAAAUGUAAAAAUGAUGAGCAGAUUGCAUUAAAUGUCAAAGAAAAAAAUGAUCCCCCCAAAACAUACAAAGAAUUCUUGGAAUCUCAAAAAAAUAAGGAGGAAACAACUGGUGAUUUCAACAUUUAUAGCUAUUUUGAGGCUAAAAAUUCACCUCAUAGUGAUAAGAUAAAAAAUGUAAAUGAACGGAAAACACCAAAAAGUAAGAAUAUUUUAUCACCAACAGUGAGUGAUCAGCAAACUCCACCAAAUAUUAAAAAUGACACAAGACCUCUUUUUAAUAAGAAUGAUUUAACUUCACCAAUUAUUAAGAAUGAUGUAAGACGUAUGUUUAAUAAAAGUGAUGACAAUUUGCAAUGUUUCUCAAGAAGUCCUAAAUGUACUGAAAAUUAUGUCCCAAACACGAAUAGGAAUUUUAAUGAACAUUGUAAUACUAUUGAGAGGCAAAAAGAUUCUCCUAAUUUUAUUAAUUCAGAAGCUUAUCCAAUUAAAAAAAGUGUUCCUUCUAUAGUACAGCCAAACUAUACAACACCUAAAAAAUGUGAUGCUGCAUCACAAAUUCAAAUGAAUUAUCACAACACUGAAAAAUUUGUGCCAAUUGUAAAAAGAAAUAGCACAAAUAUGAAUAGUGAAUAUGAUGAACCAAAUGAUUAUAUGCCAUCAAUGCAACAAAACUAUAAACCACCUCAAAAAUGUGAUAACUCGACACAAACAAGUAUAAUUGUCAAUAAACAACAGGAAACAGUAAAAAAGGAUGGUGAACCAACAAUUAAAGAUUUGCUGAAAAUUAUCUCACAGCAAAAUGAGCAACUGAUACUUUUACAAAAACAGGUUUCUUCAUUUAUGGAACGAGAGCAUGCCUUAAAGCAACUUGAACCUGUACCACCACAGGCACAAAACUAUGUAACAAGUACACAGCAUGAGAAUAUACCACAAGGCAUGAAUAAAAGAGGCAUUCCCAAAUUUUCUAUGAUGACUAGUUUUGAAGUGUCAUUUAGAAGGCCCAAUAAGCAUCAGUAUGUGAAUCAUGGGCCAAAAUUGACUGAAGUAACUGAGACUGAGAGCACAGACGAGAAUGAAAAAAAGUGUGAAGACACUUCACUACAUUUCAAAGAGCCAUUAGAAGUUAGGGAGACAUGUCCAAGUCCUGAGCCAAGUGUACGCAUUAAUGAUUUUGAAGAGUAUGAUGACUCUGAUGAUGAGGAAUCAGCCACAUCUGAGAUUGGAGCCACAUUUUAUCAAAAUUUAAUGAGUCAAGUAAACAAUGUGUUAAAACGGGCCCAAAUUCAGACAAAAGAAAAUCUGGCGGAUGUCAGAAGCGAGGCGUUGAAAGGCAAGAAAAUGCAAAAAGUUCGGGAAGCUACGCUUAAACAUCUUAAAAAUAUUGGAGUAACAUUACCUCCUGGUGCUGAAGAAUCUUCAUCAUCUCAAAGUACUGAUGAUAGUGAGGAAUGUAAUGACACCGAGAUCAGUUUUGCUGUGAAGCAACUGUUGAUGAAAUAUCUGCCUGAUGAACAUUUGGCUAAGGUCACAUAUAAACAGACAGGAUCAGGACCAGUGAAUGGCGGUGCCACAGGUCCAGCAUUGUUGUCAAACAGACCAGAAUUCUCAAUAGCUACUGUUCAGUAUUUGCAAAAAUAUAAUCUUAUUGGUAACAAAGAUAAACAGACACUAGAGCCCAAAUCCAGAUUAACAAAAUUGCAGUCUGGUGGGAAUGGAAAAAUAUUGGAUAUAUCAGCUUUGAAAAAACAACCUAAACUUCUAUAAUUCAUUUUAAAAACUAUUUUAUAAUCAUUGUACAGUUUUAUUCAUUCAUAAUAAUUGUGAUAUUAAGAUAACUUCUAAUUUUAUUAUUCAAUAAAUAUCUAUAUACAAAUGA